UUCAAUUCAGAAUUGGACUGCUUUCGGGGCUAAACACACGUUUACCUCCUGAAGUAUCUUCAAAAUUCUCAACAAAAUUUGUAGGUUUAAUUUAGGACAACAAUACUAGUCUGGGCCAAAUUUGUUGGAACAAUAUGUUUAAGAAAUCUGCAGUAAUUGUUGGACGAUGCACGAAGGGCUAUCUUCGCAGCGGCGUCAUUCGUCCCAACUUCUUGGUUCGUUCCCACCAUUUGGCCAGUUUUAAACAUGCAGGCAUUCAAGACCAACGGAAUGUACGCCCCAAUGAGUCUCCCAAGACGUUGAAGGAUGGAUCCAUCGGAGUAAUACAUGUCCAGAUCCACGAAUCUGCCAACCUCGUCAAUCCCAUGCAACGAAAAUUCCUUAACGAUCUAGAGCUUUUGCAGAAUCGUUGGUUAAAGGAAGAAAAGAAGAACCAGGACGAUGUUGGAAAUCUGAUUAAGCAGAUUACCAUGUCCGCAAAAGGCGGGGAUAAGGACAAAUCCAAGAAAGGCGAUAAGAAGGAUGCAGAUAAAAAGAAGAAAGAUAAGGAAAAGAAAAAGUGCGAUGAAAUGGCCGAAAAGGAAAAGUGCAAAAAGGCUGAUGCAGACAAGAAGAAGAAAGAACAGGACAAGAAGAGGAAAGAACAGGAAAAGAAGUGUAAGGAAAUGGCCGCAAAGGCGAAGUGCGAAGAAUUCGCCAAGGAACAAGAAGAAAAGAAGAAAAGAGAAAAGGAAAAGAAAGAAAGGGAGAAAAAGGAGGCUGAAUGCAGGGAUCCCUGCAGUAAGGAAAAGAAAGAAGACAAGAAAGCAGACAAGAAAGAAAAGAAAAAAAGUGUUAUGUCAGAAAAGUGCAAGCAAUUAGCCGAGAAAGACAAAUGCAGGAAAUUAGCUGAAGAGAAAGCAUUAAAGGAUGAGCUGGCCAAGUGCAAGGCUAUGGCCGCGAAGGCGAAAUGCAAAAAGAUGGCUGAGGCAGAGGAAUGCAAAAAAAAGGCCGAGGCGAAGAAAUCCAAGAAGGGCGGAGAUAAAUCCAAGAAGGGCGGAGAUAAAUCCAAGAAGGGCGGAGAUAAUUCCAAGAAGGGCGGAGAUAAAACCAAGAAGUAGAUUGCCCAAUUAUAGCUGAAUAUAAAAAUAUUUUAUUAAAUUUAUAAUAGCAAAAUUUCUGGUAAUUAAAUACAUAUAUUUAAUAUAGGCUUAAA